GGUUGAGGAGAGGGGGCGAGGUGGGGGCUGCCGGGAAAGGGGCGGACCGGGAACGGGCGGCAAUGGCUCACAAGGAGAUCUACUACUCCGACAAGUACUUUGACGAGCAAUACGAGUACCGGCACGUGAUGCUGCCCAAAGACAUCGCCAAGCUGGUGCCCAAAACCCACCUGAUGUCCGAAUCAGAGUGGAGGAACCUGGGUGUGCAGCAGAGCCAGGGCUGGGUGCACUACAUGAUCCACGAGCCAGAACCACACAUCCUCCUUUUCCGACGGCCGCUGCCUAAGAAGCCAGAGAAGUGAGCUCUCCCCGGGUCAGCCACAGCCCUCGGCUGCCUGGGCUACAAAGCACCUUCAUCAUCAUCAUCAUCAUCAUCAUCCUCCUCUUCUUCCUCUUCUCUUACAUACUCUGCUCUCAGGAGCUUCCCUGUCGGGGGCAGAGCCACUGGGUGCCCCUGAUGCUCAUGAACUCAGUGCUAUCUGGGCACCUGCAGCGGCUCAGCCCCAGGGCACAGCGCUGCGGGGAUGGGGUUCUCAAAAGCUUCAAUAAAAGGAUAUUUGGGA